AUGCCGCGCAUGCGCGCUCACUGGCAGCCGCUGUCGCAGGCGGGCCUGGUGCUGCCGCCGCUGCGCGACGCGGGCGCGCGAUCGACCAGCUGGCAGUCGAUGCGGGGGCGUCCCGGGCGCUGGUGCGCGCUGCUCGCGGCCGCCGCGGCGGCCCUGCUGCUGCUCCAGGCCGCGCUCGUCGACCAGAGGGCCGGCGGCGGCGCAGACACCGCCCUCCGAGACGACGAGCCUCCCUUCGGCGGUCCCCAGCAGAUGUCUGUACUGGUGGGCCCAAGCGUUUCCGCAGCUGUUACAUCGCGAAUUAAAAAGUCAGCGCACAGUGACGAUGCGUUAGAGGAGGCGGAGUGGGGCGGCGCGGCCGGCGGCAGGGCCGAGCUGCCGGCGUGGAUGGCGUCGGUGGCGCAGCGCAUGGAGCGCCGGCGCCGCCACCUGUCCGACGCCUGCUCCGCGCUGGGGCUGGACGCGCCGGGCAACGACUCGCUGCACCGGCCCAACCCCUGGGAGUUCUUCGUCAACCACAAGCACCACCUCGUCUGGUGCAACGUCUUCAAGGCGGCCUCGACGUCGUGGAUGUACAACUUCAACCUGCUGGCGGGCUACAGCCCCAAGUACCUGCAGACGACGAAGGAGGUGCCGCUGAGCCUGGCGCGCCAGCGCUACCCGCGACCGUCGCUCGCCGAGCUGCGCGCCGCCCUCAACAAGUCCGUGUCCUUCCUUAUCGUGCGGCAUCCGCUGCAGCGGCUGCUUUCCGCCUACCGCGACAAGCUAGAGAACGCGUUGCCGCACACGUUCCACCAGAGAAUGGGCGCGCAGAUUGUCCGUAAAUACAGGAAAGGACCUCCAAAGAUUGUUGGUACGCAGAAGAAAACUAACCCAAAGAACCCACGGUGGCCGACAUUUUCAGAAUUUGUGCAGUUUCUUGUGGAUGAAUAUCGGAAAGGAAGUCAGUUCGACAUGCACUGGACUCCUAUAACAGAGUUCUGUACACCAUGCCAAGUGCCAUUUGAUGUCAUUGCAAAAUUUGAAACCCUUGAGGAGGACCAGAACUUCCUCAUUCACCUAGCUAAUCUUCAGGAUGUCAUACAGCCACAAAAGAAAAAUCAAGCAAAAGGACGAACUACUACAGAGGUUGAAGAUGCUUACUUUUCUCAGUUAACAAAAGCACAAAUUCUUCUGCUAUAUAACAUAUACAGGUAUGACUUCACGCUGUUUAAUUACACGCUGGAAGGAUACCUGGAGUUGGCGAUAACAGAGACUCCUGAGGCAACUGUUCUCGAUGUGCACGCCACCGUAUGAAAGUCCAGUCCUGUCUGCUCAGAAGCUAAUACUCCAGCUUCAUAGCCGAGUCUAAGAGACUGUUAUUGCUCAGUUCCAUGAGCAAUAGCUCAUUUUACCAAGAUUUUUAAGAGAUGUAAUUUUUGAGUACCAGUAUUUUAUGCCCUUAAUAGUUGUAAACUAGUUAAAUAUCAAUGAUGGACUGUUGUUAACUAUUAUCAAAACGGGUUACCUACUGAAUAUAAAUAAUUUAUCAACAGUUAUUUAUUGUAAUCUUGUUAAAUGUAAAUAGGUACACAAAAUUUGCUUGUUCCAAAUAAAAUUUAUUAGAUGUU